UGUCCAAGAGGGAGCGGCAGGAGGACGGAAACCAAAUUCACUCGCCUUGGAUGACUUUUACGCAACUUUUACGCACACCAUUUGAUCGAAUUCAUGACCUGACCCCCCUUUCUGUCCUGGCUUUUUUCGACCCCACAUCGUGAAAUGGUUGCGGUGGCGUGUGGGAAUUGAAGGAAAGGUUCGCUUCAGAAUGAUUAUCCACAGCACUUGCGGAUUUUUUCGGAGAAAGUAGAUUCUUUGGCUGCGUUUCCGCACGAGCAGUUGAACAGUGUGAAGGAGACGCUCUUCGCGUGCAGUGCUGGAGUGAAGUGCAACAUUACGUUGCUUCCAGUCAUUUCUGGACUGUGAUGCAACUGUGAAAGUUUCCCCCAUCCGAAUUUCUGUCGUUCGGAGAAGGGGGGACAUUUAAUGGAUUUUUUAUGUGGCACCCGCUAGGAUGGACGUGGUAGAUGAAACUGAAGCUUUACAGAGAUUUUUUGAAGGCCAUGAUAUUACCAGUACUCUGGAUACAGCCAACAUCGACACCAGUAUCCUGGAAGAGUACAUCAGCAAGGAGGACGAUAGCACUGACAUCUGUUUCUCAGAGGUCCACAGCACCCCGGGACCAAAUUACUCAUCUCCCCAGGCAGGAGUGUCCUCCUCUGGAGGUUUGGUGUGCGGCGUGAGCCCUCCAAUUCCCUUCCGCCAGGGAGCCCCUCCCCCCGGACCCCCAAACUGUCCCAACGCAUACCCUCCGGGUCCUUCCCUGAGCCUGCGGCACAGCUACCCCUGCCUGGGUCAGCAUCAGCAGCACGAGCAGCACCAGCAGCCACACGUCAAACCCGAGCACAGAGGUCACUACGCCCCUGGAAGUCUUCCCGAGUCUCCACCAGACUCAAGCUCAGAGCCGUACUCACCUCAACAGGUGAAUGAUCCACACAUGAUUAGGACCAUGACACCUGAAAACAUGUGUCACAUGACUCCAACUCCACCCCUUCCGCCUCACGGCCACUAUUCGAGCAUGCACCGGGACAUGUACCUGAAGCCUGAGCCCAUAAUAUCACAGUAUCCCAUCGGUCAAGCCACAAGUGCAGGUGGAGACCUGCAGCAGACACAGAUGCUUCACCAGCUACUGCAGCAUCCCCAGGCACAGGAAGGAAUUCCUGUUCACCAGGCCAAAAAGAGGAAGCAUUCUGACUCACCCAACAGCACUCUCAAUUCCCAAAUCCUCACAGGUAUCAUCAAACAAGAACCAGGUUUGAUGCAGGAUGCAGACAAUGGUUACAUGGAUCCAAACUAUCAGUGCAUCAAGUGGCAACCUCACCAGCAGAACAAGUGGACGGCACUUUACGAUGCAAACUGCAAAGAGCUUCCGAUGCCAACCUACCGAGUCGAUGCCGACAAAGGCUUCAACUUCUCCUUGUCCGACGAUGCUUUUGUGUGCCAGAAGAAGAACCACUUCCAGGUGACCGUGUAUGUCGGGAUGCUGGGAGAUCCCAAGUACGUCAAGACAAGCGAAGGUCUUCAGCCCAUCGACUGUUUCUAUCUCAAACUGAACGGAGUGAAAGAUUGCAAGGUCGAGGCCAUGAACCAAUCCAUCAGCGUGGAGCAGUCGCAGUCAGAUCGAAGCAAGAGGCCUUUCAAGCCAGUUUUGGUCACCUUGCCACCAGAGCAGGUCACAAAAGUGACGGUGGGCCGGCUCCACUUCAGUGAGACCACAGCAAACAAUAUGAGGAAGAAAGGCAAACCAAAUCCUGACCAGAGGUACUUCAUGCUGGUAGUGGCUCUGCACGCUCAGUCCCACAGUCAGACCUACACUGUGGCUGCUCAUGUGUCUGAGAGGAUCAUCGUCAGGGUAACGUCCAGCCAUGCAUCCAACCCAGGCCAGUUUGAAAGUGACUCGGAUGUGCUGUGGCAGCGAGGCCAAGUACCCGACUCGGUCUACCAUCACGGGAGAGUCGGCAUCAACACCGACCGUCCUGACGAGGCCCUUGUUGUCCACGGUAAUGUCAAGGUCAUGGGGUCCCUUGUGCAUCCGUCGGACAUCCGGGCCAAAGAGAAUGUUCAAGAGGUGGACACCACAGACAAUUUGAAACGGAUUUCUCAGAUGAGGCUGGUCCAUUAUCAAUACAAGCCUGAGUUUGCUGCCACCGUCGGCAUAGAGAACACCGCAGAGACCGGAGUGAUUGCUCAAGAGGUCCAACAAAUAUUGCCUGAAGCUGUCAAGGAGGGGGGCGAUGUCGUGUGCGCCAAUGGGGAAACCAUUCCAAACCUUUUAGUUGUCAACAAGGAGCGCAUCUUCAUGGAAAACGUCGGAGCCGUGAAGGAGUUGUGCAAGCUGACAGACAACCUUGAGACCCGAAUAGAUGAACUGGAGCGCUGGAGCCGCAAACUGGCCAAGCUGCGACGCCUGGACAGCAUGAAGAGCACCGUGAGUGGAGGCACGGUCAGCCAAUCAGGAAGCUACUUUAGCAGGACAGGAAGUGGACCCCUGAAGAAGAAGACGGUCAAACCUGGGAGCAAGAGUCCAAGUCCAGAUCGAGGCUGUAUCAGUCAUAAGUUAAUGCAGGGGAGCAUCCUGGCCCUCGUCAUUGUGAUGGCCUUCAGUGUUAUAUCCAUGUCCAUCCUUUAUGUCCUGACUCUUCAUCAUAGAGGAGAUGUCGCAGACAAAGACGGCUUUGUUUCCUACCCUUGUGCUCUCUACGUCUCUUGGAUGCCCAUCUUGACCGCCACUGUCACUUUCUGUCCACCUGAAUGUUCAUGGUCAAAAGCUGCAUUGGGAUCCUCACGCAAGAGUCUAUUUGUUCCGCUUUCCACACUGUCCGCACCAGCUUGCUGUUCAACCACAGCCCUGAGCAACCAAUCAUCUACCAUUCUGACGUUAACUAACAACCAAUCUGCCACAGCUCCAGACAACUUGGUUCCCACACCAGGCACCAUUAAUAAAAAGGCCAAGUCUAGAAUAAUGGACAAGGACGGACGCAACAGAAACCGGCUGAGUCACACGUCCGCUCCACUCUACCUGUCCAAGUCCAAAAGGCCUGCAUCGACAGACCUGGACGGAGUGGGAGCCGCCAAUCGUCUCCCCGGUGGACAGCAGCCAAUGCCGCGCAGACAGCGCAGUGUAUAUUUAAAGGAAGGAAGAUCAACUCCGUCUCUGACUGGUCUGCAUAUAGUGGAGACGGAGCAGGAAAUUACAACACAAUCUUGUAAAACCCCCAACAGUUGCAGUUACACAAUAUCCCUCCAUGGAAACCCAAAUUCUUCAUUAUCACAACUUACUUUGCACAUGAUGUCCACGGACAGCGUGUGGGUCCAACAAUGUCAAGCCACCAAAGGACGUCUAUGUCCAAAUCACACUGAGACCGAGCUGUACAGUGGACAAAGAACAUCCACAUGGGGCACCCAUCACUUGUGGUCACUGCCUCUACUGUCCUUCCAGGACAUCGCUUAUCACUUUCGCGUCUCCUCGUCUGAUGGAAUGAGUUGUGCGACUGAGAGAGAAAGGUCCUCCUUUUCUGAUUACCACUUUGUCAUUGAAAACAGCUGCGUGUGAAUUGUGGGAAAGACCCCUGCCCACCUCCUUCGUGCCUUAUAGCGAGCCACAUGCACCCGUGGGGUUGACGUGUAUUUUAAUGUGUAUUUUGUCUUAUUCUUGUACAUUAUUUUCAAAGGAAGUUACGCAAAAUUAUAUAUCACUGACUGCACUUGAUGUUGUCUGGCUUGUAUCGACAUCUCUUUGUGCUGUCAUCAGCUGUUGUUUGUGUCUCGAAAUGUUUGCGAUCAACUGACAACUGUGUUGCAUCGCAGUUCAUGGCCACAGUCAAAUGAUGCUUGUGAAAUGAAAUUACCCAUCACAAACACAUCGUACUGUGCACCAGACUACUCUGGAUGACAUUGUAUUGUUGAUUUUAUGUACACUGAAACUACCGUCACCUCAAAACAUGAAUACUUUCCUUCAUACACCGGGGAGUUUAAUGAUUCAGCUAUGUCUGGCCGCAAACGGCAUUUUACCUCAAAUAGUCCACACUGCUACUUCCUUUGCCUCUUUUGGCACAAUUUGUGAAAAUACUGCACAUUCAGAAGAAGAAACGUUACUCUUAAUGGAAUAUUGAAAAGAUCGGAAUCCUACAUAAAACCGCUUAUCUUAUGUAUGCAUUGCUGCAAAAAAUAUGGUUACUCUCGUGUGUUGUGUUGAAUGGACCUAACCAUGGUCAUUUCCUCAGAAUUACAAAUGAUAAGACUGGAUGAAUAAAUGGUUAGUAACUGGAAAGGCCAGAGAGGAUUAUAAUAUAAUACUGUAUGUCCAACACUGACAAUAUUUCACAAGAAAACACUGGAAUAGCUCACACUGAAUUUUGCUUAUGCUGGUAAAGUGCAACAAAGUUGCUUUUCCAAUCUUUCCCUCAAAAAUAUCAAUUGCGUCAUUUUCAGCAGUGAUUCUAAAACUGCAAGGAAGUUGUGUUUCACACUCCAGAAUUGAAUAUAACAUCACAGUUUGAAACAUUUUCCUCACAUUAAUAAUCUGCACCGUCUUGUAACAAUUUUAAUAUGUGUGAUAUGUUUUCUGAUUGUGAAUUAAUAUUGUCUUGUUCUCAAAUGUUGUGCUUUUGUUUUUCAAAUUCGUUUCAAUUCUUUUUGACCAAUUCAAUAUCUCACAGGAAAAACGGCCAUCAGAUGUUUUUUUUUUUUACCAUAACAUGAAUACUCAGAGCAACUCUUCCGUUACUUAUGUAUUGUGUAGUACUCUUGCUUAUUUAUAAUGGACCAGCAAUAGCAUAAAAGAAACCACUGUCGCACUUUUCACACUGUGUAUUAUACACUGUAUAUAAAUAAUGAACUGCUCUCACUUUGUCCAUCUGUUUUAGAUACUCCAGUAGAAAUACAUUGCAUGUAACUGUGUGAGAGCAUUGUGUUUAAACACUGUUGCUCAUUUUUAUGCUAUCAUAUAGUUUUUUUUUAAUCCAUGCUUUUGUUGCAGUCUUUAUAGUAAUUCUACUUUUCGCUAUUUUCUUAACUGGAAUGAUGAUGAAAAAUUAAUGUCAAUUUCUACAUGUAAAGUCAAUAUACCAUAACAGUAACUUGAAUACGUUAACAUAUAACAUUUAGCCCAAUUGUCAUCACUUUUCCACAGGUUUUUAUCUCAAGAUUAUGCUGUAAUACUGUAAACGCCAAUAAAUAUAUGAUUUGUGGCGACAGAA